AUGACUGAUAAUAAGUACUCACAGCGUAUCCCGAGGCGGACGUGGGACACACACAAGGACAAUAUCUUGCGCUUAUACGUCUCAGAAAACAGGCCAUUGAUCGCAGUAAAGGAUAUAAUGCACGCUGAAUACGGUUUUUCGGCAACUAAAUCCCAAUACGAGACAAGGCUGAAGAAAUGGAGUUGCUAUAAGUAUGCAGCUGCACAUGAUCGCCGCAAUAGAGCACCAGUGAUUGAAAAUCAGACAACGGAGAGUCUGGUAACAGAGCGACACACACGACGGCCUGAGAUCGAGGCCUCCCUUGGAAGUAAGAGGCACAGGAACUCCCAAAUCUUGCAUUUUAAUAAUCAUUUUACAUAG